AUGCGCCUCUUAGAGUACCAGGCAAAGGAGCUGUUUGGGGAGUACGGCAUCCGCAUCCCGGAGGGCCGGACGUCUGCGGAUGUGGCGCAGGCAAGAAAGGACGCGCAGGAGAUGGGCUACCCCUUUGUCAUCAAGGCCCAAGUUCCGGUAGGCGGACGCGGCAAGGCGGGGGGAAUCCAGGUGUGCCACAACAACGGCGAGCUUGAGACCAAGUACCCCCAGAUUGUGAACAUGAGCAUCAAGUCAGAGAAGACCAGGGCCGUACUGCUGGAGAAGAUGGCCGACAUAAAGAGGGAACUCUACCUGUCGCUCUUUCUGAACCGCAGCAAGCGGUGCUACACGAUAAUAGCAUCAUCUGAGGGCGGGGUGGACAUCGAGUCCCAGAAGGACCAGAUCAUCAUCGAUGCGGGCACCGGCAACGUGGACGGGGAGAUGGCAGCAGACGUGGCGUCCAGGAUGGGCCUGGAGGCAGGGACUGCCGACGGUCUGGCAGACAUGCUAAAGAGGCUCUCAAGACUCGCAGUGGAGAAGGAGGCCGAGCUGGCAGAGAUAAAUCCCCUGGCGGUCUUGGGCGACGGCUCUGUCAUGGCGCUUGACGGCAAGGUGAUAACAGACGACAACUCGAAGUUCAGGCACCCGGAGCUUCUCAAGUACCAGGAGGUCUCGGAGCUGGAGGAGACCGCAGAGAAGAGCGGGUUCUCGCUGGUGGAGCUUGGGGGGGACAUCGCUGUGGUUGGAAACGGGGCGGGACUGGUUAUGUCCACCCUUGAUAUGCUGCAUGACGGCGGCGGCAAGCCGGCGUGUUUCCUGGAUGUCGGAGGCGGCGCCACAACGGAGACCGUCUACCGGGCCCUUAUGCUGAUAAGCAAGAUGGACGGGGUAAAGGCGAUUCUGAUAAACCUGUACGGCGGAAUAGUCAAGACGACCACCGUCGCAUCGGCAUUCGUCAAGGCGUACGACGACCGCCUGCUCAGCGUUCCGGCGCAUGCCAGGCUGAUGGGCGCCGAGUCAGAGACGGCAAGGGCGAUGCUUGAGGGAACCCAGACAAGCCUUCAUGACACAGUGGAGGACGCGAUCGACGCUGCGGUGAGGGGGACAGGAUGA